UUCAUUCAAUCGAGUUCAUGCGAGCGUUGCGUUCGCAGCCGCCUCGUUGCGUUGCGUUGCGUUGAGUCACCCGAGCCGUUCGACGCCGGGAGCUGCGUGGGGCGCGUUUUAACGGCUCGGAAAUUAAGAGAGAUCGCAAUCUAAAGGAAGAACGCGGCUCACAAGACGUCAGUGGCAGCUCCGGCUCUGGCAACUUUUUCUUUUUUUUUUCUCGCCCCUCUUUUUUUCUUUUUUGGAAUGUAGAGCAUCUGUUUCGUGUUGUCGCUUCAACAGCUUCUGCGUGUGUUUCCGUCUGACCUGCAUUUCACACUGCCAGGAUGGCGGCCCGCGCAGCCCGCUAAAGAAAACGCAGCUUCAAAGUGGAUUUUCUUGCUCAGCCUCGCGGAUGACAAAGUAUCCGAGCCAGGACCGGCCGGACGGCGCUGGGCUUUUCCCGACAAAUGCACCUUAUGCAAUGCUUGAGGCUUGAGCACCUCCGACAGUCUUCUCGCGUCGAGCGAGCUGCGCAGUCACUCGUCGCUUUGAUUUGCGAGGGAUACAAAACACCAUGAGCGCAUCGGUCCUCUUUUCUCGGCGUGGAUGUUUGUUUUGUGGCGGACGCCCUCUUUUUGCAAGGAAGCACGCGAACACCAUACAGGAGAGCCUGAGCCAAGAUUCCGACCCGGAACCUCUCGACUGUUAGGCAGACGUGCUAACCACUAACCCACCGUGAGAGAACGUGAACGAUUUGGCCUUUGUUCGGCCGCUGGCGCGCCCUCGUUUUGUGUGUCGGCGCACUCAGAUGAGGUCAGCACGGGUGAGAAUCCAGAAAGGGCCUGGAUGGGAAAGAGCGUGACUAUGGACAACCUUUCGGACUUCGGAGGCCCCUGUCCUUCCAGCCGCAGAGACUGGGAUUCCAGCAGCUGCAUGGAUGAUUUGAUGGACGAAGAUGAGAAAGACAGGGCAAAAAGGGCAUCGCGGAACAAAUCAGAAAAGAAAAGAAGAGACCAGUUCAAUGUGCUCAUCAAAGAGCUCUGCACCAUGCUGCAGGGCCAAGGCCAUCCUCGCAAGAUGGACAAGUCCACCAUACUACAAAAAACGAUUGACUUCUUACAGAAACAAAAAGACAUCAGUGCGCAGAACGAAACGUGUGACGUGAGACAAGACUGGAAGCCUUCGUUCCUCAGCAACGAGGAGUUCACCCAGCUCAUGCUCGAGGCACUAGAUGGUUUCUUAGUAGUGUUAACUACAGAUGGAAACAUCAUCUACGUGUCGGACAGUGUGUCUUCACUUAUUGGACAUUUGCCGUCAGAUAUGGUGGAGCAAAACAUCUUAAAUUUCCUCCCGGAGCGGGAACACGGAGAGGUGUAUAAGCUGCUAUCAUCUCAUAUGCUGAUGACUGACCCCGUUGCUGCUGACCUCCUGGCCCGUGAGGCACAUGUGGAAUUUUGCUGUCACCUCGCCAGAGCAAACAUCCACCCAAAAGAGCCGCCAGUGUAUGAGUAUGUCAAGUUUGUCGGAGAUUUCAAGUUUCACAACAAUGUGCCUACAUCCUCUUGUAAUGGGGUUGAAUUGACGUUACCGAGAAGUCUGCAGUCGUCACUGGAGGAGCAGGUCUGCCUCAUUGCUACUGUACGAUUAGUCACGCCGCAGUUUCUAAAGGAUUUGUGUAAUGUGGAUGAUCCUUGUGAUGAAUUCACAUCUAGGCACAGCCUCGAAUGGAAGUUUCUGUUUUUAGAUCACAGAGCUUCUCCAAUCAUAGGAUAUUUACCCUUCGAAGUGCUUGGAACAUCUGGCUAUGAUUACUAUCACGUGGACGACUUGGAACUUAUAGCUCAAUGUCAUAAGCAGUUAAUGCAGUUUGGAAAGGGUAAAUCCUGCUAUUAUCGCUUUCUGACGAAGGGUCAGCAAUGGAUUUGGUUGCGGACGCACUACUACAUUACUUAUCACCAGUGGAACUCCAAACCCGAGUUCAUCGUGUGUACUCACACUGUUGUCAGUUAUGCUGAAGUACGAGCUGAAAGGAGGCGAGCAUUUGGCCUUGAGGAGCAGUCUCCUCCUGAGAUCGCUCCCUCGUCUGUAAAGGCCCAAGAGCUGUACUUGGACAUGUGCUCCACAAUGGACCCGCCACGGGACAGAAACACCGGCGCACGUUCGGUAUCCUCCCACAGCUCUCGGAAGUCCUCCCACACGGCCUUGUCAGACUCCGCAUCGGCAAACUCGUACACAGAGACGUGCGCGCCGUCGUGGCAGUCGGCUUCUAUGGGGACCGAGAGGACGCCUGCCAGACUCCAAGUUGGGAGCUCAAAGAAUUCGAUCCAAAGACAAAAUUCCUUUGACCCGGUGCCCCAAAUGAGCCUCCCCCUUUCUCCUCCAUGCAGCAAGAACACAGCGAUGCAACAGCAAACGCAGCAGCAGUCGUCCAUGUUUGAGCUGCAGCAGCCUCAGAUGGGAGUCGUGAACCAGCUGAAGGAGCAACUGGAGGAGAGGACGCGCAUCCUGCAGGCCGACAUAAAGACGCAGCAGCAGGAGCUGCACGACAUCAAGGAGAAGCUUCACCUCGCUAAUCUGCAGAUGUUGCUACAACAGCCUGUCCGCAAAGAAUUUGGCCAGCAGCCACAGCAGCAGGGCCCGGGCAGGCCGGCCUCACAGAGCCAAUCGGGGGUCAUCAGGCAGCUCUCAGGCCACCCGAAACCAACCUCCUGUGGGGCCCACAGCUCGUCCCCUCACUCGCUGCUGAGAGAGAACAGCUCCCCCUCGACACAGGGACCACAGAGGAUCUCUCGGGGUGGCCAGGUGCAGUCAGUGAGUUUGCCUGUGCAGACCAACACGAGUCUGACCAUGCCCUUCUACAGCAACCCCAUGAUGUUCUCUCAGACCAACACGAGGCCUCUACAUGACACAAACCAAAGACACACGGACAACGACCUUAGCCAAGACGGACAACUACGGAUGCUCCUGAACCAGCAAAUGCAGACACUGGUCCCCACGAGCAGUGGGUCCACGCAGGCCUCCCAGCAGUGCAACAUGGGCAUUCCCCAGACCAUAUACACGCUGGAGCAGCAGAUCAUCGCACCCUCGUUCCCCAUGCAACAGGUCAACUGCAACGCCGUGCUCGUGCCCUCUCAGGUGUUCACGUCGCCCAUCAUGAUCCCACACAACAGCUUCAUCCCCCACCAGUCGCAGCAAAGCUACCAGGCUCAGCCUCCGGCCUCCCAGCACUCCCUGCAGCUGCAACAGCCGCAGCAGUUCUUUCAGAUGACUCAAGGACUUGUGCACAGCGGAUCGACUCCAACAUUCUUACACACCGCCAACAUCCCGCAGCAAGGCACUGUGGGAUACAUCCAGCAGCAGCAGCAGCAGCCGGCGCCGCAAACACAACAGCAACAACCGCAACAAAGACAAUACCAACAUUCCCAAAACCAGACUGCCAAUGUUUCAGACUUUAGGAAUAUGCUAACACGGUAGCGCUGUGGAACGUGCAAGAGCGCCGAGCGCGGCGGCAGGUCGUUGCCGUUGGGAGUCAAACUCGGCACGGAGGUGGGGAACACCGGCCACGGCGGCCUGAACAUUUGAUGUGAAGCCGCUCGCCCCACGGGGAAGCGCCGGAAUAAAACGGUGACGGGACGCGGACCUGAGGAAUGUGAUGAUGAGAGGCGGGGCCUUUCUUCACCAGCCUGCGACACGCUCAGUUGUCAUUGCAACAAGUGGAUUUAUCACCGCUGUCACGAGGACGCCACUUUCAUUUCGCAAGUGGCUCUUUGCACUUUUGGCGCCACGCCCCACCCAGAGUAGGAUACAGUAUUUAUUUUUGCCUAUACAUUUAAUAUUAAAUGUUCCCUCUAACCAGUGGCUUCCCAGUGAGAUUAUUUUCCCGACAACCCCCUUCAGCGAAAUCCAGAGCGUCACUUUUAAUAUUCCAUUUCGAUGAGUUGGAUGUCAAACCCCACCCAGUACAAACGUCCCUCUGGGAAAGAAGGGCUUCCUCAACAAGCCGUCUCUGGACGAGACACCCCUGAAGACCCCCCCUGCAGCGCCACUGCUCACUUCUUAAACAACCGAACGGAGGAGGGUGGCAUGUCGAAUGUGCCUUUUAACCAUGCUACGAGUACCAUGGUGCAGUUCCAAUGUUACGUCUCACUACGGCUUUAAAAAGAUCCUGCUCAGGUCCGUUUGGAAAACAAAGUUUAUUUUCAUUCAACGUAAUUUAUAUAUUUUCCCCCACAUUAGAUUGAAAAUAAUAUACAUUUAGAUUUCUAUUGGAGAUGCCUUUUGCAACCUGAACUUGCCCCCAACCAAUCAAUUAGAACAUUAGCAGCGAUGGCAUUCUCAUUAUUUUAUUACAUAAUUUAUUUGCUGAAUUUCAUUUAUUGUAAAACAACUGACACGGGAUAAAAGAAAGCAGUUUUAUAUGUUGAGAUUAUGAUUGACUUCACCACUGGUCUUAAAGUCUUACCCCCACUUUACUGCGUUGAAUCCCUUAAAAGCCGCAAACAUUAAGAGAUUAGCAGGCUGAUGUGUGGUGGAAAAACAUCUGCUUCUUCACUUUAAGUCGUUGUGACAUGGACGCUGCAACAUUAUGCGUCGAUUUGACUUUGAAGCCAAGCUCUGACAUUUCGCAAUUAUGGAAAAUAUGUUUUUCACUCCAAUCAAAUAGGAUAACAAACACUACAAAAGGUGUGCCUUUACAAAGAUAAUCAUGCUGUAUUACUUACUAUAGUUCAAUGAAGACUAAAUUAUUUAUAGAUCUGAAUAUGACUGUGAAUGGUUGUUUGUCUAUAAGCACCCUGCGAUUGGCUGCCGACCAUUCCAGGGUGUAACCCCGCAUCCCCCCCAAAAUCAGACGAGACCGAAUGAGGACGUUUGAAAAAUGGAUGGAUGGACAUUAAAUGUCGCGUACUUGUUUACCAAUGUGUGUGUGUGUGUAAACUGCUUAAGGGUUACAUAAGUGAUUGCAAAAUUCCAAUAAACUUCAAAGUUGGAACAUUUCAGGCUGAAUUCUUAUGGGAAUUUAACUGGAAAAUGUAAUGUAAAUGAAAAUGUAUUUUCAUACCAAUUUUAACGCGAUUAGGGAAUCUGUUUAUUUCAUAUCAAUGAUAAAGUAGGGCUAUUAUUUACAAUGAAGUAAAAGUUCCAUGAUUGAAGAUUUGCCAAGCUAAACUGCCCAUGAAAGGAAAUUUACUGACAAUUCCCAAACCCAAACAUUAAACAAUAGUGAAACAUCCUGUUCAAAGAAAACACUACACCCGAAAUAAAAAUAAGAUAUUUGUCAAGGCACAAUGUUUGCUACAACUCCUGUGUUUGGAUCUAAUUAUAUCGUGCAAGUGUAACUAAUUAGUCAUAAGUGGGGGGGGGGGGGGGGGGGGAGAAUGUACAAAAUAUAUGCAACAGGCUGGUGAGCGUACAUGCACCAUGUUGGCGCCUCAAAGUAUUUGAAGAAGCUGGAGAUAUGAAGAGCUGCUAAUGAGGUCAUUUCUUGUUGUAGGAAAUCCCGUCACGGCAGCACGCUCAAAUGCCUGUCGGUUUUUACUCCGAAGAUAAAUGAUUUCAAUUUGAGAACAACACAGACUCGAGAGUAAAGUUCGGAGUUUUUCUGCAGUGGUUGAGUGCCACAGAAGAAGAAAAAAAACAGGCCCAGUAGCUCCUCUUUGACCAUGUGCAAUGUCCAUUUGAGAAUGUUAAUUUAUGCUGUAUACAGGGUUACAAGGUUUCACUACAGAUGUGUAGCGAUAUGUAUAUUACGCCACUAACGGUACUGUGUGAAUUAUAUUUUUUAGUUCACCCGACAUUCCUUCGGGCAGAGAACACAAUUAGUCCAGUCACAAUGAUUGCAGCGCCAAUACUUCACCAGAUGAAUUGAAUCCAUCAAUUCUUAGGUUGUUGGUUGACCCAUCACUUUCUGGUUUAGAAGCCAAACAUUUAUUAAAAUAAUAAGAAUGACAUUUACUAUCAAGCUGUUGCUGAUCCAUGAUGAAGAAGCAGGCGAUGGCGAGUAAGAGUCGACGCAGUGCAGUUUUAAACCUCUUAACGAAUCUGCGUAAUGAAACAGAACCACCCUUGUCCACCUGAUGUGUGGAUGCAAACUUGUGAAAGCCUUGUUUUGGUUUAGUUCAUGUGGAAGUUCCAAAAACCACCACCCCACACUUUCAGCUUCAUGGACUUUUCCCAUGAAGUGUCAAUGUUUUUUUCCGUUUGUAUGUGAGACAAUGAAGGCCAGAAGCUGAGGAACACUAACCUGCUACACAGCCAUUGCUGCCGUUUCAGUGCAGAAAGCACAGUGAAUUUAUUGUAUAUUAGAAUGUACAAAAACACGAGAUAAUAUAGUUUAUUUUCUAUGUCUAAUAGAAUACAUAUGUAUGUUACAUGAUUUUAAAAUUAAAGUAAUUUUGUAACCGAUAAUGAAGUGUCUUAUUAGCGGCGGUGAGGCUUUGUUGUGUUGGUGUUGCACACUCGCUUGUAUGUAUUUUUCUCCCCCUGUAUUUACCAUUGAAAUAAGCUUUAAAAAUAUUGUUCAUAUUGUUUAAAAGAUAAUAAAUUAAGUUUACAGCCUAAAAUACCUUGAUAUUAAUUAUGCUAUACUGAAUUAUUUAUAAAUCAACCUGGUUAUUGUGAAAUAAAUAUUUUCAAACAUA